UCGAAUCGUUGCCGUUCUGUUUCAAGCACUUGAGUUAUCAGAUAUAUUCACUCAUUCGAGAUUUAGAUAGAACUUACAGAACAAUAUAUUUUUCAAAUUGAAUUUCGCGGAUUUCUAACUAACAUGAGAUGUAAUUAUCUUUUUUCCAAAUCCAUAUUUUUUUUUGGCGUUAAGUUUGCAAACCAAUUGAAUUGAAUUAUUGUUUCUGAUAAUCUCAAGCUUGACCAUUUAUUGAGCAUGAGUGUAACUUGGAAUGACUGCGAGUACUUCCGAAAGUCCUCACCGUGUGUUUGUGUGCAAAUAACUCCCGUCCCACGUUCAAUUAUAUCACUUUGAUUAACGUAACCACCACUUACCAUGCAGGUUUGCGGACCACCGUGUCAGUAUGAGACCGCCGCCGAAGAGGAAGGCUCUCUCAGAAAUCUCAGGUUAUUAUCGAUGCGUUUUCCUGGUGGUGACACUUCCACUAAGUUUUGGAAUGCAAGAGAUGCAUUUCUGCAAGUAUGCAGACACUCUUCCCGUCCUCGAAAACUGUAAAAGGCGAAGUGGUUGCUGCCCGGAAAGCAUCGGAAAGGUGUGAGAAUGGUGAAGCGAGUGUGUGACUAAAGAAACUGAGAACAGAAAAUUAUUAAUCACAAAGAUUUUUUUAGGAACCCGACAAAAUGUCCCACUUUAAAAGCCACACUGAUUCGUGAACAUUUUUCUGCCAGUUUUUAAUUUUUAUUGAUCCCAUGUUACGACAGACGAAUUAAUCUCACAAACGAUAAUAAUUUUCAGCUUGUUUAAAGUAAAGCUCUAGUAUUAGACAAUUUGAGACAAGGCAGAAAAAAUGUUUCGCGCACUGAGGACCUGGCUGGCACACGCGGAAAAACUCCCGAUGUCGGGUCCCGUUCCUAUACGGAGAUUAUGCGCGAGCAGCUGCUCAAGGGCGAAGAAGCUGAGCUUCGCAAGAAAAUUCAGGAGAAAGCCAAGGAUGGAACACUGAAGGUCAGUAGCAGCAGCAGUUCCACUGCCAAUGGCGACGGAAGCAAAGCGAUGGCAGCCGAACCGAAGAAGCGAGGUCGCUGGGAUCAAACGGUGGAGGAGACGUUCGUGCCGCCGAAGAAGCUGGCCGUGCCGGCCACACCGACUUGGGGCGAUGCUGAGAAAACUCCGGCCGAUCACCGUUGGGAUGAAACCCCCGGUCACAAGGGCAGCGAAACUCCAGGGGCGACACCAAGCGUCCGCAUUUGGGACGCCACGCCGGCCCAUUCCGGCGCAACACCGGGUCGUGAAACCCCGGCGGAAAAAUCAACUCGCCGCAACCGAUGGGACGAAACGCCCAAAACCGAACGGGAAACCCCCGGACACUCGUGGGCGGAAACACCCCGUGCCGACCGUGGCCCAAGUGACAGCGCAAUGGAGAGCACCACACCGGCUUCCAAGCGUCGAUCCCGUUGGGACGAGACACCAUCCAACGCUACCCCGUCGGCUAUGACACCUUCGAUCGCUAUGACGCCGACCCCGCAUGCCACUCCAGCCCAUGGGGGAACUACCCCGUUGCUUACCCCAGGCGGUACCACUCCGAUCGGACACAAAGCUAUGGCCAUGGCAACACCAACCCCGGGACAUCUGGCAUCGAUGACACCCGAACAGCUCCAAGCCUACCGUUGGGAAAAAGAAAUCGACGAAAGAAACAGACCCUUCAGCGAUGAGGAACUGGAUGCCAUGUUCCCCACCGGUUACAAAGUCCUACCCCCGCCCGCCGGAUAUAUCCCAAUUCGUACCCCGGCCCGCAAGCUGACUGCCACUCCGACACCAAUGGCAGGAACCCCGGCUGGAUUCUUCAUCCAAGCCGAGGACAAGAGCGCCAAAUUCAUCGACAAUCAACCCAAGGGCAAUCUACCGUUCAUGAAACCGGAAGACGCUCAGUACUUCGACAAGCUGCUGAUCGAUGUCGACGAAGAAGCCCUCAGCCCCGAAGAGCAAAAGGAACGCAAAAUCAUGAAACUGCUUCUCAAAAUCAAAAACGGAACUCCCCCUAUGCGUAAAGCCGCACUCCGUCAGAUCACCGACAAAGCUCGCGAGUUCGGCGCCGGACCGCUGUUCAACCAAAUUCUCCCACUUCUGAUGAGCCCUACCCUGGAAGAUCAGGAACGUCACUUGCUGGUCAAAGUCAUCGAUCGCAUCCUGUACAAGCUGGACGAUCUGGUGCGUCCGUAUGUUCACAAAAUUUUGGUCGUCAUCGAACCACUGCUGAUCGACGAAGAUUACUACGCCCGCGUUGAAGGUCGGGAGAUCAUCUCCAACUUGGCCAAGGCCGCCGGAUUGGCCACCAUGAUUUCCACUAUGCGUCCCGAUAUCGACAACAUUGACGAGUACGUGCGUAACACAACGGCCCGUGCCUUCGCUGUGGUUGCGUCGGCGCUCGGAAUCCCCUCGCUUCUACCUUUCCUGAAAGCCGUGUGUAAGAGUAAGAAGUCCUGGCAGGCGCGGCACACCGGUAUCAAGAUCGUUCAGCAGAUUGCCAUUCUGAUGGGGUGUGCCAUUUUGCCGCAUUUGAAAUCGCUGGUGGAAAUUAUCGAGCACGGUUUGGUUGACGAGCAGCAGAAGGUCCGUACGAUUACGGCGUUGGCUUUGGCUGCCCUGGCGGAAGCUGCCACACCGUACGGUAUCGAAUCGUUCGAUUCCGUGCUAAAACCCCUCUGGAAGGGUAUCCGGACGCAUCGCGGUAAGGGUUUGGCUGCCUUCCUGAAGGCCAUUGGGUAUCUGAUCCCGCUGAUGGAUGCCGAGUACGCGAACUACUAUACGAGGGAAGUGAUGUUGAUUCUGAUUCGGGAGUUCCAGUCGCCGGAUGAGGAAAUGAAAAAGAUUGUGUUGAAGGUCGUGAAGCAGUGCUGUGCCACGGAUGGUGUGGAGGCGCAGUACAUCAAAGAGGAGAUUUUGCCACACUUUUUCAAACACUUCUGGAACCAUCGGAUGGCGCUGGAUCGGCGCAACUAUAGGCAGUUGGUGGACACGACGGUGGAAAUUGCCAACAAGGUUGGUGCGUCGGAGAUCAUCAAUCGUGUGGUGGAUGAUCUGAAGGAUGAAAACGAACAGUACCGAAAGAUGGUGAUGGAAACCAUCGAGAAGAUCAUGGGCAACCUGGGCGCGGCCGAUAUCGACUCCCGCCUGGAGGAACAGUUGAUCGACGGUAUCUUGUAUGCGUUCCAAGAACAAACCACGGAAGACGUGGUCAUGCUGAAUGGAUUCGGUACGAUUGUUAAUCAACUAAGCAAACGGGUAAAACCCUAUCUGCCGCAGAUCUGCGGUACCAUUUUGUGGCGAUUGAACAACAAGUCGGCCAAAGUGCGACAGCAGGCUGCGGAUUUGAUCUCCCGCAUUGCCGUGGUAAUGAAGACCUGCCAGGAGGAAAAGCUGAUGGGUCAUUUGGGCGUAGUCCUAUACGAAUACCUCGGAGAGGAAUAUCCGGAAGUGUUGGGUUCCAUUCUGGGUGCCCUUAAAGCCAUCGUCAACGUAAUCGGUAUGACCAAAAUGACCCCUCCAAUCAAGGAUCUCCUACCGCGUUUGACGCCCAUCCUCAAGAAUCGUCACGAAAAGGUCCAAGAGAACUGCAUCGAUUUGGUCGGUCGAAUCGCCGAUCGUGGACCGGAGUACGUGUCGGCUCGCGAGUGGAUGCGAAUCUGUUUCGAACUGCUGGAGCUACUUAAGGCUCACAAGAAGGCCAUCCGACGAGCUACGGUCAACACAUUCGGCUACAUCGCCAAAGCUAUCGGUCCGCACGAUGUGCUCGCAACACUGCUUAAUAAUCUGAAAGUACAGGAACGACAAAAUCGUGUGUGCACUACGGUUGCCAUUGCCAUCGUGGCGGAAACAUGUCGACCUUUCACCGUGUUACCAGCGUUGAUGAACGAGUACCGGGUCCCAGAAUUGAACGUUCAGAACGGUGUGCUCAAAUCGCUGUCGUUCUUGUUCGAGUACAUUGGUGAGAUGGGAAAGGAUUACAUUUACGCCGUGUGUCCGCUGUUGGAGGAUGCCCUGAUGGAUCGGGAUUUGGUUCAUCGACAGACGGCAUGCGCCGCCAUCAAACACAUGGCACUCGGCGUCUAUGGGUUCGGCUGUGAAGACGCUCUGAUCCAUCUGCUGAACUACGUCUGGCCAAAUAUCUUCGAGACAUCUCCCCAUCUGGUGCAAGCUUUCAUGGAUGCCGUUGAGGGUCUGAGGGUAGCACUGGGUCCAAUCAAAAUCCUACAAUACACUUUGCAAGGGCUGUUCCAUCCAGCACGAAAGGUAAGAGAUGUCUAUUGGAAAAUUUACAAUUCGCUGUAUAUUGGAUCGCAGGACGCCCUGAUCGUCGGUUAUCCACGCAUUUCCAAUGAUCCCCAGAAUCAAUACAUUCGCUACGAAUUGGAUUAUUCGCUUUAAACGAUGUGUCCUCAAUAUCAAUAGUUUAUACCUACUAUAAGAACACAUUCUUAAUUGUGUGUACGAUCAACAAAAGUAGCGCUACUAAUAAAUAGGUUAACAUCUCGACGAGUGUUACGAUGGCA